UGCUUAUCAUGAUUCCCAAUCUGAUAUCUCAAACUAAGUUUCCGGGCUGUUUCUUCCAUACACACCACACCAACUUUUCAUCUCCUUCUUCAUAAUUUUCUCUACUUAUAACAUUAUAAAAUCCCUUCGUCUUUCGAGUUUCCAAAAUAUUCCCGAGAGCUUUCGAAGAGUUUCAGUUUUCCGAGCAGUAAUGGCGACAGAAAGUGAGAUUGUAUUUGAAGAUUUUUUCCCGUCGAUGGUAGAGAAACUGGGUGCAGAAGGGUUCUUGAACGAGCUGUGUAAUGGGUUUCGCUUGUUGAUGGAUUCUGAGAAGGGAGUCGUUACAUUGGAUAGCUUGAAGAAGAAUUCUGCAGUUUUAGGGUUGCAUGGAAUGAACGACUCAGAUUUGAUUUGCAUGUUGAACGAAGGUGAUUUGGAUGGUGAUGGGUGUCUGAAUCAGAAGGAAUUUUGCGUUCUUAUGUUUAGAUUGAGUCCUGAUUUGAUGAAGAGAUCAAGAAUGUUGUUUAAGGUUUUUCUGUAAAUCAAUGAAUUUCAUGUUUAACAUAAAUUUCUAACUUAUUUUGUUUA